CCUCCUUUAAUAACCAUUUGUCUCGGUCCCCAGGGAACCAAGAAUCACCCUCAGACGGCCCUGGAGCAGCAGGUGGAGUCUAUGGGAGCCCACCUGAGCGCCUACACCUCACGCGAGCACACAGCGUACUACAUGAAGACCCUCGCCAAAGACCUGCCUAAAGCCGUGGAGCUGCUGGCCGAAGUGGUGCAGAGCUGCUCUCUGAACGAGGCAGACAUCGAGCAGCAGAGAGGCGUGGUGCUGCGCGAGCUGGAGGAGGUGGAGGGGAACCUGCAGGAGGUUUGUCUGGACCUGCUGCACGCCACCGCCUUCCAGGGCACUCCUCUGGGACACAGCGUGCUGGGACCAUCCAGCAAUGCCAGGACUCUGAGCCGUCAGGACCUGGUGGACUACAUCAGCAGCCACUACAAAGCCCCCCGCAUGGUGCUGUCCGCUGCUGGAGGCGUGAACCACGAGGAGCUGGUCGGUUUGGCCAAAUCUCACUUCAGCGGUGUCUCGUUCGAAUACGAGGACGAUGCCAUCCCCGUGCUGGGCCCCUGCAGAUUCUCAGGCAGUGAGAUCCGUAUGCGUGACGAUGCUCUGCCUCUGUGUCACGUUGCCAUCUCUGUUGAAGGCGCCGAUGCUUCCAGCCCGGACAUCGUGACUCUCAUGGUGGCCAACUCCAUCAUCGGCAGCUUUGACCUCACCUACGGCGGUGGAAAGACCAUGAGGAGUGUGAGUGUGUGUUUCUGCCUGGCUCUGCUGCUGCCGUGGUGUGUCCAGAGCCAGAGGAGCAGCACUUCCUCUCUCGCUAAACUCGAUGAAGACACACAGAGGGAUGAGCUGGCUGUCGACAUCCUCAACCGCAGCGGGGUGUUGAACUCAUUGCUCCGAUCAGAGCGCCACACGAUGCUCCGUCGAGAACGAGCCCCUCGCCCGGCCUCCCAGGUGCCGAAGAGAGCCCAGCAGGGGUCCCGCUUCGCCCUCUCCCUCGACGUGCCCACCAGCAUCCUCAGCGUCCUCAUAGGCCUGGCCAAGAACCAGGACAUGAGGACCAAGGCGGCAGCUAAUGCAGAACUGAUGGCACGGAUAGGCAAGAGGAAAUAA